GAAGAUACACUGAGCCUCUCGCAAUUGAAGGUGGUCUAGCGUGCACAUCUGCUCAGUAAUAGAUGACCACGACUCAUGUAUCUCACGAUAAAUUGUGCAUCGGUGUUUACUGUUGAAACACUACCCCAGCGAAGUACAUGGUUUUUUUUAGGUCAUGUCCUGCGUCAGUAAGACACCAGUUGCAGCAUUCGAUUGGAAGAAUCGGAGCUAUGGAAGGCCCAUAGUUUUCCGAGUAACUGAAGGUAUCUUGUACUCGCUGCUUCGUUCCCCGAACUUCAGGUCUCGUAGCUUGCCAUUUGAUGAUUUCGAGUAUGGCCUGGCGGGACACAAAUCAUUGUCCACAUUUUGGUAUAGGGACAUUGAUUCAUGCCCCGCCAGUCCAUAUGUGUCCGUAGUCGUCAGGUAAUGUGCAAAUACUCUACUCCCUUGACAUCUUGAAGAGACACUAUCCUACAUUUCUAAGGUGAGCCAGGCCGGUGAUGUAAACACUCAGAACGGCCAUCAUAGCUUGUC